CCUCCUUAUCUUCUUCUUCCUCUGAAAACACAAAAAGCCGACAAGCUUUUUAAUUUUUACGCUUUCUUCCUUCGCAAUCUCCGAUCACCGGAAACCGACAACCAUAGUAUCUCGAUUCCUGAGAUGCCCGUUAAGCUCUUCCUCCAACUGCGUCUCCUGAACCCUGCUCUUCCGGUCACCUGUUUGCCUCCCAUGAAGCUGGGACCUUCCAUUUCUUCCUCCGCGAACUUAUCCCGAAUCUUCCCCUUCAAGCUCAAAUACCGAUGCUUUCUGCCCAACGACCAAUUCGGCAUUCGCCGAUUCUCGAGUCGGCCGUUCCGGUCGAGGACAGAGUUCUCUCGCGGCGGCGGCGGCGGUGAAAGAGGAGAAGUUCGCACCGCGAAGAGCCUGAUCGAGGACGAGGCCGAGCUCAGCGACUGGGUCAGUGAGUUGAAGAGCGACUCGUUGCGCGGCGGAGGUGAAUCGGAUGGCGAGCGAGGCGGUAGGGCUAGGGCUAGGGUUAGGGAUAGAGGGAGGGAUUUGAAUUCCACGAAGAGGAGGAGGAGGGAGAGCAGUGACUCGGAGGUGUUUGAGGAUUCGAGUCGGCGGGCUCCGGCCAGGUCCUUUUCGAGGAAUUCAAGGAUAAGUAGCCGAUUCGAUGCUGGAAAUGAUGAUCGUCGUGGUGGUGGUGGUGGCGGCGGGGAUUUUUCAUCGCGGAGAAAGAGUUCCAGGUUCCAGGAAGGGAAAUUGGGGAUGAGUUCUUCGAUUGGGAGGAGAGGUGGGAGGGAUAUGGAGUCGGGGUAUGAUCGGAAUCGAGGUGGCACGGAUUCGAGAAGGCGGUUCGGUUUUGUGGAUAAGAAAGAUGAUGAUGAUGGGGAGGAUAGGAAGGAAAACAAGUUUGGCAUUGUGGAUUUGCUUAGUGAAGAAGAAAGUGAUAUUGAUGAAGAGGAGGAUGAGAAUGUAUUGCAAAAGGAAAAUGCAAAGAGUUCUUCGUUUGGUUUGGACAAACAAGUUAAUGAAAAGGGUCCAGCUAAAUCUUCAGUUGGAAAAUCAGAGUCUUACUUGAGUGACGCUAGAUUUGACCAGUUUUUGGUCUCUCCCUUAUCGCUAAAGGGAAUCAAAGACGUCGGAUAUGAAAAGAUGACUGUGGUACAAGAGGCAACUCUUCCGGUGAUACUCAAAGGUAAGGAUGUUCUGGCCAAAGCGAAAACUGGCACGGGGAAAACUGUAGCUUUUUUGCUUCCGUCAAUUGAAGUUGUUGUAAACUCACCACCCACUGGUCGUGACCAAAAGCGACCCCCAAUUCUUGUGCUUGUAAUAUGCCCCACUAGAGAGCUGGCAUGUCAAGCUGCCGCAGAAGCCAAUACCUUGUUGAAGUAUCAUCCUUCUAUUGGUGUUCAGGUCGUAAUAGGAGGUACGAGACUUGCUCUGGAGCAGAAGCGAAUGCAGGCAAACCCUUGUCAGAUUCUUGUUGCGACUCCUGGGAGGCUCAAAGAUCAUAUGGAGAAUACUGCAGGCUUUGCAACUCGGCUGAUGGGUGUGAAAGCACUUGUCCUUGAUGAAGCUGAUCAGUUGCUCGAUAUGGGAUUUCGCAAAGACAUUGAAAGGAUAAUUGCAGCAGUUCCAAAGGAACGACAGACGCUUCUUUUUUCUGCCACAGUUCCAGAAGAGGUUCGUCAAGUGUGCCACAUUGCUUUGAAAAGAGACCAUGAAUUUAUAAAUACAGUCCAAGGGGGGAGCGAGGACACACAUUCACAAGUUAGGCAAAUGUAUCUGGUUGCUCCAUUAGAGAAGCAAUUUUCCUUGCUAUAUACUCUUCUCAAGGAACAUAUUGCCGACGAUGUUGAAUAUAAGGUUAUUGUGUUCUGUACAACUGCUAUGGUCACGCGGAUGGUUGCUGAGCUUCUUGGUGAGUCGAACAUGAAUGUGAGGGAGAUCCAUUCAAGAAAAUCCCAGAGUUAUAGAACUAAGGUUUCAGAUGAGUUCCGGAAGUCGAAGGGUCUUAUUCUUGUCACUUCUGAUGUGUCUGCACGUGGGGUUGAUUAUCCUGAUGUCACCCUUGUCAUGCAGGUGGGCUUGCCUGCUGACAAUAAACAGUAUAUACAUCGACUUGGUAGAACGGGGCGUAAAGGAAAAGAAGGGGAAGGCAUAUUGUUGCUAGCUCCUUGGGAGGAAUUCUUUUUAUCUUCUAUCAAAGCUUUGCCAAUAACAAAAGCUUCGGAACCUUCAGUUGAUCCUGACACAAAGAGAAAGGUGGAACGGGCACUUUCCAAGGUUGAGAUGAAGACCAAAGAAGCUGCGUACCAAGCCUGGCUUGGGUAUUACAACUCAAAUAAGACUGUUGGACGUGACAAGUAUAAGCUAGUGGAGCUUGCUAACGAAUUCAGCCGAAGCAUGGGGCUAGACAAUCCUCCAGCCAUUUCCAAGCUUAUACUAGGCAAGAUGGGCCUGAGGAAUAUCCCCGGGUUGCGUUCCAGAUAAGCUUCGCCAUCGGAGCAUAGGCGGCUAAUUUAUAUUAUAUGUCAACUCUGACUUGUUUGGUAAAAGAGGAAAGUACUUUCCUAUGUAUGUACAUCGGAAGGUAGUUGAGGUAAAAGUUUGAUGCGUCACUAAAAUGGUAGGGCAAUUCUUUCAUUUCAUGAUACAAAACAAAAACAGAAAUGAUUUCUGAUGGUUGUAUUCUUUGAAACUCUGCAAAAUUGGCGCAACGUUUCUCCUGUUGUCUCUCUCCUUUUUUUUUUUUUUUUUGUUGGGCAGUGCAUGGAUCUUUAUUCUUCCUGAAAA